CCGAGGGCUGUUGUGCAUGGAAGCGGGGAGGUGGUGGACUGGAUGUUUUCCCUUAUAUGUAACCUAAACAUUUACUGUGAUUUCUUUCAAAUACAUCUUCUUAUAUAAACGUAUACUUUACGUUCAGCAUCGUUGUUGCCGCGUAGAUUGGAUACAUUAGCGUUGCAUUGUCUUACAAGGGACAGUUAAAACGCAAGAGGUUUUUAAGGGGUGCACGGCAGCAGAAAUACACUCAUCUGCAUCUUUCCCGGACACGGACAGUCGCUGCGGUGCUGCUGCUAUCGCAGUCCGUGCACGGCACGCGAUUAACAAGGUUGUCCUGCUCUGCUGCACAUCAGCAGGUGACUAACUGACCACUGGCAGACGGAAUUUGCAAACACUAGAGGCAGAGUGCACGUUUUUGUGUGGCAGAAUGAGUGGUGAAGAAAAUCCUGCUACUGAACCUGCGCCUGCCAUAGACGUGCAGGGAGAUGGGCGCUGGAUGUCACAGCACAACCGGUUUGUGCAAGAAUGCAAGGAUGCAGAGCCUGAUGUUCUGUUUGUUGGGGACUCAAUGGUGCAGCUUAUGCAGCAGUUUGAGGUGUGGAAGGAACUGUUUUCACCUCUUCAUGCUUUGAACUUUGGGAUUGGAGGUGACACAACUUGUAAUGUGCUGUGGAGGCUCCAGAAUGGAGAACUGGAAAACAUCAGACCCAGGGUGGUUGUUUUAUGGGUAGGAACCAAUAAUCACGAGCACACAGCAGAACAGGUUGCAGGAGGAGUAUUGGCCAUUGCUCAACUAAUUCUGUCUCGUCUCCCUAAGUCCAAAGUCAUUGUUUUGGGCCUGUUGCCAAGAGGGAAGUCUCCAAACCCCUUAAGAGAGAAAAACAGAUCAGUGAACAAUUUACUUCGUGCAUCCCUUCCUCGACUCGGCCCGGUUCAGUUACUUGAUAUAGGAGGUAGUUUUGUCCACUCAGAUGGAAAUAUUUCCUCUGGAGAUAUGUUUGACUUCCUACAUCUGACUGCCGAUGCGUACAGGACCAUAGCGACCCCUCUUCAUGAGUUGCUGAAUCAGCUAUUGGACGAGAUGCCUCAGGAGAGGCAGGCCUCGCUGGUCUAAAAAGUGGCCACGACAUCAGUCAAGCUCCAUAGAGGCGAUGUUUAGAAUUGUGGGAUAUUUAGAUUGUAAUUCAAUGCAGUGGGAAACAACAGAGAUGGAAUUACAGCAAAACAAUUUUAUAUGACUAAUAGUAAAUAUUUAUAUGUAUUCAAAAUGCAUAAUAGACAAAAUUAGAAGGAAGAAUAGAUAUAAAUGUACAGUGUGUGUCUAUAAGAAAUAGGUUUUCGUAGGACAUGUUUCUCUGCGGAGGGAUUCUUUAAUGUCUCAUUGUCACUAUCUGAACAACCUUCAGUUGUUGCACUUACUCUGCCAGCUUCUCUGUGCCUUCAUACACACACUCAUACUCACAGUGGUCUUAUGCUGACAGUAAAAAACUAUUUACAUGAUGAAUCAGGUCUUUUAAAUCCUUUCUCCCGGUUUUACUUCAAGUCUAUGUUGACACAGAGGAGUCUAGCACCUUCUCCUCCGCUGUGUUUCUCUCUUGCCCUUUCAUCCUCCCAAUUACUUGACCCAUAUAGAAACAUGAACUGUAAACUGGAGUGAUCAAACCAUUUAAAACUCUGUGUGACUGAAAAUCUCCUCCUAAGCAUAUAAAUGCACAAAUAUGACAUUUGAGUGUUACUAUUAAUCUCACUUGCUCUGCAUCCAUGUUGUAUACUUGUCCAUGCGCUCUUAAAAUUAUAAUGUGAAGAGUUUAUGUGUAUUAUGUUUACACACGUGAUCUAGUGGGCAAGCACUGAUAUAAAGAAUUCAAAGUGAGCUGAGUGAGAAGCUCUAUGUGUAUAUACAGUAUAUACAAAUUGUUCGUAUUAAUGUUCUCUGCUAGUGCUUAUUUAGCUGGUGUGUUUUUGAGUGUAAGAGAGUGGGAUAAUAAUAAAUAAUUGUAUGGCCCGCAAGGCCUGCGUUAUCACUACAGCACAACUGCCAUGUGCUUCAGAUCCGAGCAUUCCAAUAAAUCUGCAGGGAUCCA